AUGAAUGUUGAUAAAGGAGAGUCUGUUAUUUCAAACGGAUUGCUCAAUGAGUGUAAUAAAUCCAAUUUCGGUGAAACGAAUUUAGUUGGACAACUAAAUAACAUUCACAUGGACAAUGAUUCACUUAAAACUGUUCCUACUGAAUUCUCUCAAUUCUCAUCAGAAUCGAGAGAUCAUUUAGGAAUUUCUGACACCUUCUAUGCCUUCCCUUCUUACCAUAAACCAUGCAACUGCGCCAAAUCCCAUUGUCUCAAACUGUAUUGUGAAUGCUUUGCCCGAGGCAACGCUUGCAAUAAUUGCAACUGCACAAACUGCAUGAACAAUGGUCUUCAUGAAGAAGAUCGCAGGAGGGCAAUAGAACUCACUUUGGAAAAAAAUCCACUGGCAUUUCAUCCGAAAGUCGGCGACGGCGAACGACGACACUCAAAGGGGUGCAACUGCAAAAAGUCCGGCUGCCUGAAGAACUAUUGCGAAUGUUAUGAGGCGAAAAUUGCGUGUUCUAACCUAUGUCGGUGUCAGGGAUGUCGAAACGUUGGGCAGCAGCAGAUGCAACCAGAAUCAGACGCAGAUCCUCUUCGGAUCAGUGAGAAAAACUCACUGUUACACAAUGGAAGGCAAUGA